UAAUCCCAGAUCCGUUCCCCCCACUCGCAGUCACUUCAAACUUUCUCGAAUUUUCUCAAGAAACAAAUAUCAACACAAGCUUUUAAGUUCUUAAUAUCAGAAAUGGCUCGUACUAAGCAAACAGCAAGGAAGUCUACCGGAGGCAAGGCGCCGCGUAAGCAGCUGGCCACCAAGGCUGCUCGUAAGUCAGCUCCUGCCACCGGAGGAGUGAAGAAACCUCACCGUUUCAGGCCAGGAACAGUUGCCUUGAGAGAGAUCAGAAAGUACCAGAAGAGCACUGAGCUUCUGAUCCGGAAGCUUCCAUUUCAGAGGCUUGUCAGGGAGAUCGCUCAGGAUUUCAAGACCGAUUUGAGAUUUCAGAGUAGCGCAGUCGCGGCUCUUCAAGAAGCGGCUGAGGCUUAUCUCGUCGGUCUAUUUGAGGACACUAAUCUCUGUGCAAUUCAUGCCAAGAGAGUCACUAUCAUGCCUAAAGAUAUUCAACUCGCCAGGAGGAUUAGAGGUGAGAGAGCUUAGAAGAGUAUUGUGAGUUGAAUAUCUAGAUCUGUGUUGUUUUCUAGGGUUUAGGUUUUGAGAUCUGGAAAAUUAUGUACAUCAAUUUGAAAUCUAGUAAAAAGUCUCUGAUUUAUCUUCCA